GUCGCCGCCGCGAGAGCGCGCUGGUGCCCUUCCAACAUUGGCUCUUGGGCCUGAAACUGAGUCAAGAUGGUGCGCUACAGCACUGACCCCGAGAACACAACCAAGUCGGCGCGAGCCAAGGGAUCCAAUCUGAGAUGCAGUUUCAAGAAUACAUGCGAGACUGCCAAUAACAUCAAGAAGAUGCCCCUUUCUCGUGCUGUGCGUUACCUGAAGAAUGUUAUUCGUAAGAAGGAAUGUGUACCCUUCCGCGUCUUCAAUGGUGGUGUAGGCAGGUGUGCCCAGGCUAAGGCCUGGAAGACUACCCAGGGAAGGUGGCCCAAGAAGAGUGCCCGCUUCCUCCUCGAUCUUCUAAGGAAUGCUGAAAGCAAUGCCCAGUACAAGGGCCUCGAGGUUGAACAGCUGGUGAUUGAGCACAUCCUGGUUCAGCGUGCCCGCCAGAUGCGUCGCCGCACAUAUCGUGCUCACGGUCGUAUCAAUCCCUUCAUGUCUUCACCCUGCCACAUUGAGGUGAUUCUUGCUGAAAAGGAACAAGUUGUUUCCAAGGCACAGGAUGAACCCAUUAAGAAGAAGGUUUCCAAGAAGAAGCUUGCUCGCCAAAAACUCAUGGCUGCCAGGGAAUAACUUGUAACUUCACAAUAAAGAAAAAAAGACUGUGUUUGUUUGACUUCCCUAAUCAGUUCUAACACCCCUUUUUGGCUAAAAUUUUCAGAUUUACUUUGUACCAAUCAGUGUUAUUAGAUGGGAGAUCUUGGACACAUUGUGAAGGUAAGCAACUUGUUUAGUCUUUUUGCGUGACUUUAUAAGCAUAUUUACAUUAUGAACAUAAGAUGAACCAAAGUGUUCUUGUACACAAACUAAUGACUAGGUUUUUUUUCUGGCAAUGUCCAGACACUGGGCACUACAUGUAGCGGAACUUCCCGCUCCACAUGUUCUAGUGUGUUGCUGCUUGUUUAGUCGUACCCUGCAGACCAAGUGGUUUAUUGUGACCUGUCGGGAUGGGGUUAAUGUUCAGAUCUCUUGCUCCUUUUACUUGGAGGUUUUGAUUAGUUCAAUUAAAUAGAUUUGUUGAAAAGUAGGACCCCUCCCCCCUGCUAUAUAUGGAGGAGAAAACCUUGGAUAAACCAGAUAAUGUGUAACCAUUGCACAAUAGUAUUUUGUAUAUAUUGGACUUUGUCUGAAUGGAAUUUCUUUUCAGGCAAAUACUAAUAGGUCUUAGGAAUUGCCUAUACCUUUCAACAGUAGAACAGCAAUUCAAAGUGGAGACCACUCUUCAAUUGCCUUGAAGGUGGCAGUUGUUAAUUGGAUUAACAAGAUAAUUCCAAAUGAAAAUAUAAUUAAAAUUAAUAAACUUAAUCCAGGGAAGAGAGUGGAUUUAACAGUAUUCAAGAUAUUUGCUGAACCUCAACAGGAAACUAAUCAACCAACAAUAAUAGAAAACCAAUCCUCAGGCAAUUAUGGUGACUGGUGAUACUAAAGGGGAAAUAUGCUUGCCCCUUUACCAGUAAGAGUUCGGAAGAGCCAAAAGACGGUUGUCUUGUCUGCCAUUGUGAGCAGUAUUCUCAUUUUUUCAAGUCUAAAGGAGGAGUUAAAUGGCAAGAAAAAACAAAUAAGGUAACCACUUGUACCUUUAAGCCAUUAAGAUUGUGGUUGUAUGUUGAAGAAAUUAAAAUGGAGAUUGCUUGAAUGUGGCAGCUGUGAAAAGGAUAUCCUGUUAUAACUUCAAAUAUAAUUAGCAUUGUACAGAUUUAUCCACUUGAUACAGUCAACAUAUUCAACAGAGAACUCGAGGUAACCAAUGGUGCUCCAAGGAAAUCCACACUGCCAUAGUUACAGUAAAACUUGCCAAUUCAAAAUGAAAAAUAUUUUUGGGUUGUCUGGAAAAGAUGGCCAUGGGUGAACACCAUUGUUUAUGAAAUUAAUGAGCAUUAUGCAAGUUGAGGAAAUUGUUCCAGAGAACUGAGAAGCUUCUACAAAAGACAACCAGUGAUACACCAAGGAAAUGCACUCCACCAUAGUGCCAGUAAAAGAUGCAGUUUGAAAUGGAGAAAAGAAUACCUUUGGGUUCUUUGGAAAAGGCAGCAAUGAGUGAACAAGAUUAUCCUCUUAUUAAAUUUGAAAUUUAAUGAACAAUAUACAA